UGCCCCGAGUUCGAGUCCCGCGUCCGCCCGCUUUGCUCCGCUCCCCGCUGCGGCGGCGCCGCCCGCUCGGUCCCGCUCCGCCGGGGGCCCGGCUGGCUGCGGAGAUGGGCGACAUGGAGUCCUACAAGGUGAUGCUGAAUGGGCCAGCGCCCUGGGGCUUCAGGCUGCAGGGAGGGAAGGAUUUCAGCAUGCCGCUCUCCAUCUCCAGGCUGACGCCGGGUGGGAAGGCGGCCCAGGCUGGCGUGGGAGUCGGCGACUGGGUGCUGUACAUCGACGGGGAGAGCACCAGCUCCAUGACGCACAUCGAGGCCCAGAACAGGAUCCGCGCCUGCGGGGACAGGCUCUGCCUCACCCUGAGCAGAGCCCAGAACCACCUGGGGAAGCCACAGAAGGUGCUGAGCCUUGACAAGCAGCCCCCGCAGCCACUGGAGCCCCCCAGCACCCCCGUGUGCGACCCUGUGAAGUUACAGCUGAUAGAGGAUGCUGAGAACUGGCAGCCCCGCACUGGGACCUCCCAGUCCCGCUCCUUCCGCAAACUGGCCCGGCUGACGGGAACAGACAGCAUGGAGGAUCAUGAGGAUGAGCUUGUUAAAAAGCCCAGGGAUGCCCAGGGGUUUGGCUGGGGCAUAUGGGAGCAGUGGCAGUCCAUGCAGAUGCCGGAGCCCCCCAGCACCCCCACGUGCGACCCCGGGAAGUUGCGGCUGAUAGAGGACGCUGAGGACUGGCAGCCCCGCACCGGGACCUCCCAGUCCCGCUCCUUCCGCAAACUGGCCCGGCUGACGGGCACAGACGGCAUGGAGGAUCGUAAGGAUGAGCUUGUUAAAAAGCCCAGGGAUACCCGUGGGUCCAGCUGGGGCAUGGGGGAGCAGCGGCAGCCCCCACAGCUGCUGGAGCCCCCCAGCACCCCCACGUGUGACCCCGGGAAGUUGCGGCUGAUCGAGGACGCUGAGGACUGGCAGCCCUGCACCGGGACCUCCCAGUCCCGCUCCUUCCGCAAACUGGCCCGGCUGAUGGGCACAGACGGCAUGGAGGAUCAUAAGGAUGAGCUUGUUCAAAAGCCCAGGGAUACCCAUGGGUCCAGCUGGGGCAUGGGGGAGCCAUGGCAGCCCCCACAGCUGCUGGAGCCCCCCAGCACCCCCACGUGCGACCCCGGGAAGUUGCGGCUGAUAGAGGACGCUGAGGAUUGGCAGCCCCGCACCGGGACCUCCCAGUCCCGCUCCUUCCGCAAACUGGCCCGGCUGACGGGCACAGACGGCAUGGAGGAUCGUAAGGAUGAGCUUGUUAAAAAGCCCAGGGAUACCCAUGGGUCCAGCUGGGGCAUGGGGGAGCCAUGGCAGCCCCCACAGCUGCUGGAGCCCCCCAGCACCCCCACGUGCGACCCCGGGAAGUUGCGGCUGAUCGAGGACGCUGAGGACUGGCAGCCCCGCACCGGGACCUCCCAGUCCCGCUCCUUCCGCAAACUGGCCCGGCUGACGGGCACAGACGGCAUGGAGGAUCAUGAUGAUGUGUUUGUUAAAAAGCCCAGCCAGGUCUCCGUGCUGGAUCCAUCCCCUGGAGCAGCAAUGAAGACUGAGUCGGGACUGGCCCCCAGGACCCCCGCUGCCACCCCUGGCCCUACCAGCCGCCCACCCUGGGCUGUGGACCCUUCAUUCGCUGAGCGCUAUGCCCCAGACAAGACGAGCACCGUGGUGAGCAAACACAGCCAGCCGGCCACACCGACCCCCAUGCAGAACCGCAGCUCCAUCGUGCAGGCAGCCCAGCAAGCCCCUGAAGGGCCCGGCCGCACGCCCCUCUGCUACAAGUGCAACAAGGUCAUCAGGGGACGCUACCUGGUGGCGCUGGGACAUUAUUACCACCCCGAGGAGUUCACCUGCUGCCAGUGCAGAAAGGUGCUGGAUGAGGGUGGCUUCUUCGAGGAGAAAGGCUCCAUCUUUUGCCCCAAGUGCUAUGACACGCGCUACGCGCCCAGCUGCACCAAGUGCAAGAAGAAGAUCACUGGGGAGGUCAUGCAUGCGCUGAAGAUGACCUGGCACGUGCAGUGCUUCACCUGUGCUGCCUGCAAAACUCCCAUCCGCAACCGUGCCUUCUACAUGGAGGAGGGACAGCCCUACUGUGAGAGAGACUACGAGAAGAUGUUUGGCACCAAGUGCCGUGGCUGCGACUUCAAGAUUGACGCUGGGGACCGGUUUCUGGAGGCGCUGGGGUUCAGCUGGCAUGACACUUGCUUCGUCUGUGCGAUCUGCCAGACCAACCUGGAAGGGAAAACAUUCUACUCCAAGAAGGACAAACCGCUCUGCAAGAGCCACGCUUUCUCCCAUGUGUGAGGGGUGGGAGUUCAGCUGCGCCCACGUGUGCCCCUGGCCCUGCAUGCUCUUCCCCCACCCCCCCGCUGCCCCCCCCACUGCCCCCAGGGAGCCAGGCUGGGCCCUCACCCCUUCCCCUUGCUCCCACCUCUUUCCUGGCAGCUCCUGGCCCAGCUCCAGCUGGAGACAGCGCUGGGCCCCAAGCCCCUCAUAGCUGCGUGGCUGCUUCUGUACCCCCAGCUGGCCCUAGGAGCCCCGGAAGGGAACACUGCAUGGGUCUCCUGCCCCCCGGCCACACAGCGUGGUGGCUGUGGCCGUGCCGAGGCUGGAGUCGGGGAGGGUCUGGCACAGCAGGGCUGUUCCCUUGCUCAGCUAGGGCCCAGCUGCCUGGCAGCUUAGCACCAGGGCAGGGAUGCUCCUAGCACAUCCCUGAGUGGGUGAGGACCAGUCUCCCAGCCCCCUGCCAAGCUCUCCCCCACCUUCCCUGCUGCGUGCUUAGUGCACAGGGCUGGAGACCUGGCCCUGCUUCCCUGCCAGGGCCCUGCCCGUGGCAACCCCCUGGCCACCCUGCAAACAGCUGCGGUGGCUUCCUACCCUGGCUGUGUGCCGGGGGGGGUCUGUGCCUCGUGUCCCCCCACCCAACUGGCCUGCUGCUCUCCUGGAGCCCAGCCGUGCCGGGAAGUAGGGCAGUGUGCCAAGCCCUCCCUGGCCACGGGCUGGCAGCGUGUGCUGAUGGCUGGUGGACCGGCGGGUUCCCACAAGGUUUGGGAACAAUUUCCUACCAAAGAGCGCCUGCCACAGCUGUCCUAGGCCUGUAAAUGCCUCUCCCAAACCCACACUCUCUGAUCGGGCUGCCUCUGAUGUAGCCACGGUGCUUUUAGUGCCUUUAAUAAACACUUCUCUGCAAGUG